CGCCCGGCCUCCCCGUUCGCCUCUCGGGGCGUCUUUUCAACUUAACGCGCCCAAGUGGCGGUUGAGGGAGCGGGAGGCGUUCCGUCUUGUUUACCGGUCGCCUAGGCAACCGCCGGGGCGCGCGCUCAACGCAUCCCUUCCCGGGAGCCGUUAACGGAGAAACUAGCGGGGCCUUUCAAAUUCCAACCGCCGUUUCUCCGCCGCGCUUAGCAUCAAAGUCGGAUCUCCACAGAGUUCGCGCGCACGCGCGCGCGCGUGAGAGAAAAGAUUUGUUGACGGGCCGCCUUCGCCGCCCCAAGAGGGAGGGCGAGGAGCCAUGGACGGAGCCGCGUUAACCGAGAGGCGGCCGUCGCGCUUGGCCGCGGAUCUCCAGCCCGGCGGCAGGCGGCGGUAGUUAAUACCUGAAUUCAAAUGGAUUUAGAGAUUAAAGGAGUUGCUGCAUCUCCAAGAAAGCAAGCAGCCCUGUCCUCAAGGAACUACAAACUUGCUCAAGGAUGGAGGCCGCAUACAAAAACAAAACAUGGCCCUCGACCAGCUGAAGUUCCAUGCCUUGAUCUGGGAAAGCUGGGAGAUUCAGAGGAUGAGGAUGGUGAUCCCUACACUCCAUACAGUGGUGGACAGCCUCAUACUGGUCUACUACUUUCAUCUUCGAAUAUCAGCUGGGGUACUCCAUUACAGAGCCCUUAUGCACAGCAUUAUGAUAUUCAACAGACAGCAAGAAAAACAGAGCUGGAGAAAGCUGAGCUUUCUUUGUGGGAGCAAAAGACAGUACCAGAAAAUCUGCCACCCCCAACAGAUAAAUACAAACUCAAGUAUCAGCAGUAUGAAGCAGAAAUGAAAGAGGGAUAUAAACAGUAUUCUCAAAGAGCUGCAGAAAAAAAAGCAAAGGAUAACCAACAACACAAACCUCCAGAAAGAAUAGCUGAGGAAAAGGAUUUACAGCCUGAAAACAAAACAUAUGAUGAGAUGACAGUUUUUGAUGAAAAGGCCCUUCUGCAGCAAUGCUAUACAAGCAAACCCUACACAUUACAGCACAGCAUAAGAAAAUUGGAAGCUGAGGAUGUAGCAGCAGAAAGAAAAAAACAAACUGUAGUGGAACAAGUAAUGAUAGAUCAGUUAUCUAGAGCUGUGAUAAGUGAUCCAGAACAAAAUGGGAAUGCUGAUACUUAUGAGAAGGAUCUUAUGCUUCCAGGAUUAAGGACAGCACCUCUACGCUUUAGAAAAAGAACAUUACAUGAAACAAGAAUAAGGACUAGGUCAGCAUUAACUGAAAAUGUGCUUUCCAACAAAUUACGCUUUGAUGGUAGAAUACUAUCAAGAAAUGGUCGCGAUGCCUGUCGAGAACUGAUUGGAUUUUUCUUUGCAUAUGACAAAUCUCUAACUGUAUACGAAUAUCGGCAGUUUGGUAAAAAUAGAACAAAUGCUCUACCUUUCAUUCAGAAGGGAGUUUAUACUCAUCAGUGUGGACAGAGAAAAGGAAAGCAAUACUGUCUAAGUGAUGUCUAUGUUGGAGCAGACCUAACUUUUUUGAGUGUGCAACACCCUGCCCUUCCAGAAAGUAUGAAACAGAAACCAGUAUUUACAAUCCGUGUCACAAAUAUUGACGAAACUGCUAGAGCUUUUCUAAAGAAGUUUGAUGUGGAAAAUGAGGAACAUGCUAUCAAACAAGAAGGUGAAGACAAUAUUAUUAUACGGAAUGUUCAAGACAGGCUAAGAGAAAAGCUAAGUAAAAGAGGAGUUCGUACAAUUACAAGAUUAGGAAAGUACUUCCGGGAGCUAGAAAAGAAACAACAUGGAAUUCUUACAAAAGCAGACUUCAAACAAGCACUGAAAGUGUUUCAUUUAGACAUUUCUGAAAAGGAGUUUGAAUCUUUGUGGUUAAUGCUUAAUGACAACAGAAAUGAGGAAGUUGAUUAUGCUGAGUUUACUCGUGCCAUCCUUGGUGAAAUGAAUGAAUAUAGGAAAGCAUUUGUGAGAAAAGCUUAUAUGAAGCUGGAUUAUAACAAAACUGGCAGUGUUCCUAUGACAGAUAUCAAGAAAUGUUAUUGUGCUAUAAAACAUCCUCAAGUCAUAGCAGGUGAUGCAACAGAAGAAGAAAUUAGAUCUUCAUUUCUAGAAACUCUGGAGGAUGCCUGCAGCAAUGCUAAUGAAGUGUCAUUCUGUGAGUUUGAGGACUAUUAUGAAGGAUUAAGUAUUGGAAUUUUGGAUGAUGAAGAUUUUGUUAACACAUUAAGGAACCCCUGGGGUAUUUAGUGUAAACAUCUAGGUGAGGAGCAGUACCAGAAUUUGAAACAUGUUAACGUCUUGCAUGAAAGUGUCUCAAAUUAGCCUGAAUAGUCUGAAGAUAUUUCAGUAAUUUUUUGGAAUGUUGUUUGUUCAUCUCCUUUGAACUUUACACUUUUACACUCUGAAUAUUCUUAAUAUGAAAGCUGUGUUUUGGUACAAAUUCAGAAUAUUUUCCUGCCUCUGAAAACUCUUAUUAAGACUACAUCCUAGAUAAGGAAACUGUGUGUUUUGUUAAAUCGGAACUGAGUAAAAGGAGAUAUGAGAGAGGAAGUUACAGGUUUGAUCAAUAUAGUUAAUUUUUUUAAGUGAUUGUAUG